UAGUAUGUCACCUGUGCUUUGCUAAACAACUAGAGCAAUUCGCAAGUUCUUUGAGGAACAUUGAAUGGUAUUGUGUUAAAAACCUAUAAAUCUAGUUAAUUGUGUGUUAAAUCAAACCUUACACAUCAUUUCCAUCAAGUAUUUAUUCUAUUUUCGUCAUGCAUUCCUUGAAUGAGGCUCAGUUUAUUGUAAACUUGGGUGGCUCAUGCAUGGAAAUUAUAGGUCUGAAUCGCUAGAUCGGUUUGUGAGUGCCCCUUCCGCCAUCUUUUUAUGGCUGUUUUUCACUAUUUCGUCGAUUGUAAUUAAUUAAUUACGCCAAUAUGACCUCGCAAUUGAUUUGUGACAAGUGUUGAACAGUGUACUUAGGGACUUAGUUGCUAAAAGUGACCAGAAAAUUUCGGAUACCGACAAAAAGUUUUCAGAUGGGGUUUGAGGCGGUACUGGCGGGAUGACCGACAGCCGUUGGAUUUCAGGAGGAGGAGUGGGCUUGAAGAUGGAACACCACUUCCAGACAGCCUUAGAUCCUCGCAAGCAGGAACUACUCGAAGCACGCUUCUUGGGAGCUCGGAUGUCAGCUGGUUCUCAAAUUCAGAUGGCUCCGCAAUCAGGUCUACCCACUGCCCAAGUCCUACAUAGCCAGGAUUCCAAUAUGAGCACUGGUUCCAGCGACAAGGAACAAGACUGCACGGGUGGUACGCCCGAAAAACACCUCCCCCACCCUCAUCCGCCUCUCCCUCUUCGCGAAAGUGGAGGCGGACGGAAACGAAAGAGAAAGGCAACGGAUGACGGAGGAGGAGGAGGACUGAUAAAAGGGGUGGGAGGAGGAGGAGGACUGAUAAAGGGUGUGGGAGGAGGACAGGGCGGAGGAGGUGGAGGUGGAGGAGGAGGAAUGGCUCAGCAGAGGUUGUUGGCUGCCGCUGAUACUAAAAAGAUCAACGAUUAUUUUGUCAAACACCCUGGCAGCAGUCCGUUGAGGAAUAUUGGUGGUGCCAAAUCACCAUCACCAGGCGGCCCUGUUGGUCCGCCCCAAUACCCCUCUCCCUACCCACCACCGGGCGGAGCCUCGGUAGGAGGAGGCGUGGCCAGCCGGGAUGUCACGCCCACUUCGGGUGUGGUCACGCCCACUGUUGGCGGAGACUACUCCCACCACCAUCACCAGCUAAUGCAGCCGCCUAGGCAUAUGCCGCUGGUCACCAAGCACUCACAGACUGAGUUCACGUGUCAGCGGAUUGCUGAGCUGGAGACGCAGGCCACCUCAGGUCUUGAGUUGAGGAAUAAUCGCAUUGAUGAACUGAGCAGGACAACGGAAGAACUGAGGCACCAGCUGAGUAGCCAGCAGAAGGCGCUGGAGCAGUCAAAGCGAGACAUCAGCAAAUGCAUCGAUGUCGUCAAGAAGCUGCUCAUCGAGAAGUCGAACAUCGAGAAGAAAGAGGCCAGACAACGAUGCAUGCAGAACAGGCUUAGGUUGGGUCAGUUUGUGACACAGAGAGUGGGUGCCACCUUUCAGGAGAACUGGACUGAUGGAUAUGCCUUCCAGGAGUUGAGCAGGUCACAAGAAGAAAUCACAUCGGAACGUGAGGAGAUUGACCGCCAGAAGAAGCUUUUGACAAAGAAGCGGCCAACAAACAGUGAGAGCGGUCGCAAGCGGGCGCCAAGCAACUCGUCGUCGGCUCAGAGUGGUGGGGCGGGGGGAGGGGCUGGUGGAGUGGGCGGAGGCGGCACGAGUCUGGGAGGAGGAGUGGGAGGUCCCUGUUCGGGCACCACUUGUGUGGUGGGUGGGGCUGCUGGACAGGUUGGCAACACUGGCCCAGGUGCAGGAAACUCGAACUCAGUGGGAGGAGGCGGAGCCUCAUCAGCGGUGGGAGGUGUGGCCGGUGUGGGAGGGGUCGGAGUAGGGGUAGGAGGCGGCGGAGUCAACAGCGGGACGGGGGGAGGAGUGGGAGGACCUGGGGGCGGGGCUUCGGGCGGAGGAGGCGGAGCUAAUGCGUUGCAUAAUGGCGGCACUGAAGCGACCACAUUCUUGAAACCGGACGUUCUGCCCGGGUUGACGGUGCAGGAGUACUAUGAGGCUGAUGAGAUACUCAAGUUGAGACAAAGUGCGCUAAAGAAGGAGGAUGCCGAUUUGCAGCUUGAGAUGGAGAAAUUGGAGAGAGAGCGUAACUUGCACAUCAGAGAGCUGAAGAGGAUUCAUAAUGAGGACCAGUCACGGUUCAACAACCACGCAGUGCUGCAUGACAGAUAUCUCCUUCUCAUGCUCUUGGGCAAGGGAGGCUUCAGUGAAGUCCACAAGGCUUUCGAUUUGAAGGAGCAGCGCUAUGUGGCAUGUAAAGUACAUCAACUAAACAAGGACUGGAAGGAGGAUAAAAAGGCUAACUACAUAAAACACGCGAUUAGAGAAUACAACAUCCACAAAGCGCUAGACCAUCCCCGAGUGGUGAAACUGUACGAUGUAUUCGAAAUAGACCCCAACUCCUUCUGUACCGUAUUAGAGUAUUGUGAUGGACACGAUCUCGACUUCUAUCUCAAACAGCACAAAACAAUAGCGGAACGUGAGGCGCGCUCUAUCGUGAUGCAGGUGGUCUCGGCUCUCAAGUACCUGAACGAGAUCAAGCCACCGGUCAUCCAUUACGACCUCAAGCCGGGCAACAUCCUUCUAACAGAGGGCAACGUGUGUGGCGAAAUUAAGAUCACCGAUUUCGGUCUCAGCAAGGUGAUGGACGAGGAAAACUACAAUCCAGACCACGGCAUGGACCUGACGUCACAGGGAGCUGGCACCUACUGGUAUCUGCCGCCCGAGUGCUUUGUGGUGGGCAAGUCGCCGCCAAAGAUAUCCAGCAAGGUCGAUGUGUGGAGUGUCGGCGUCAUAUUCUAUCAGUGUCUCUAUGGCAAGAAGCCGUUUGGCCACAACCAAUCACAAGCGACCAUACUGGAAGAGAACACAAUUCUGAAGGCAACCGAAGUGCAGUUUGCUGCCAAGCCUACUGUCAGCAACGAGGCAAAGGGCUUCAUCCGGUGUUGUCUAGCCUACCGCAAAGAGGACCGCAUUGAUGUGUUUGCACUGUCACGUCACGAGUACCUCCAGCCACCAAUGCCCAAACAUGGCCGUCAGGCUAGCAACCAGCAACAACAACAUCACCAACAACAAGCACAACAACAGGCGGCCCAACAACAGAACACACCGUUCAGCACCGGAAUGUUUGCUGGCAUGAAUGCAUCCUCCUCAUCGUAGUCCUUGUCAUCGGGCGGUGUUCAAGCAGCGAUGACGUCAUCAAGGCGCCACCAACACCAUCAGGAAGAUGUAACCGUUGUUGUUACAUCGGCGUUGAUGACGUCAGUUGGUCCCCCGGGUCGGAUUGUGUCCACUGUUGGCCCUCCGGGCCGGACUCUGUCAUCAGUUGGUGGACCUCAGACCCGGAUCUCAACACAGGUUGGCCGGAUCUCGACGCCGGCACCUCCAAGCCGGACCACUGCUGGAGCAUCGCCCCACAUGACUACCAUUACGUCAUCAGCUGGUGCUCAUGUGACGUCACGCAUGAUGACAACAACUGCAGCGUCAGCUACACCGAAGCGUGUCACACGUGGACGCCGCAGCACGACCUCAAAGAAGGACACAAUUGUUGUCAAGUUUGCUGCCAACAAUGUGAAUUAGGUGGGAAGGAAGUUGUUUUGGGAUGCCCCUUGUAAACUGCAGCAAACUAUGUGAAAUGGGAUGCUCCUUGAUAUUAUGACAGGAAAGGGGGGGUGAUUUUAGCAGGAAAUGACAUUCAGGAUGUGAAGAUUGCUUUGAAUUUUAUUGUUGAGUAUAAUCCAAGUGGGUUAUUCUGUGCAUGAAUUGGAAAGUGCAUAGUUUGGGAAAUUGGGAUAUGCUCUCAUGUUUGUUGAAAUGUAAGUAAGUUGUGGUGAACCAAUCUAGUCCCAAAGACAAUGAUUUGGGUGGGAUAAGUGUGCUAUUGUUAAUAUUGUGAUUGCAUUCUAGGUAGAUACAUUUUGGAUGCACCUAGUAUUUGGGGAGGGGGGAUAAUUUUUGAUUACGCUUUGUGAGCUGAAGUGUUUUGUGAUUUGUGAUGGAGUUUGGACUAAUAAUUGAAAUUUGAAAGUAGUGUUGUUAUGAAAGAAUUGAAUAAUAAAGGCCAACUCAAUUGGGACAUAACUUUUGAGAUGCACCUUGUAUGAAUUGAAGAGUUCAGGUAACUCGUUUUAGAUAGAAUACGCUUUUCUUUUUUUGAACUGAAUUUAGCUAACUGUGCACUAUUUUUAGUGCUUCAUUAUAUGGUGUUACAAUAAUAUUGGAGAAUUUGCUGAUUCUUGUUUGUUCUAAAACUUGAUACAGAAUUAAUUUCUGUAUUUUGUUUAUUCGAACCUUACUUAUGAAACAUGCCUCAUAAAUAUUAGAAACAAUGUUGUUUUGACUGCCUUCAGUUGAAACAGCACUGACUGACAUAUAAAAAUAGGUAGAUUGAAUGGGAUGAAACGUUGGCAAAAGAUGUGUUUGGAAAAAUUUAACCAAAUUAAGUCUGCGAUAUUGUUUGAAUGAACGAACUUUACAAGAGUUGAACUAAAAAUUUAAGAAAGAAUUUGUUGACAGACUGCAAGAUACAAAUUGUAGGUUUGUAUCAAGAUUUCUGGAGAUACAAAAGUGAGUUUUGAAUUGAAAUUGAGUUAAGUGAAACUUUCAACAUUGGUUGGAGGCAUUGAUAUUAUUAAUAAACUAAGCUGACAGAAAUUAAUAUCACUAUUGACUCUCCAGGAUACAAAACUUGGGUUUCUUGUAUCUUGUAUUGAUACAGAAUUGAGUUUUAUGGCUGGAUUCUGUGGAUACAAACUGGGUUUUGUAGCUUUUCUUGAUACAGAACUCAGUUUUGUAUCUAGUUUUCGUGGAUACUAUCCGAGUUUUGUAUCUUAUUUCUGAUACAGAAUAGAAUUAUGUAUCUUGCUUUCUGUAUGAGUUCCUUGAGCUUAGAAAAAAUGAGGUUCCUCGGAUUGGGAUAAAUUUGACUAGACUGAGCCCUGUAACGUCUUUUGUAUUCUAUCGAUUAAUUUAAGACUUGUUUUGGUCGGAUAAUUUUUAGGUAAUAAUUAAUGGUUUCCAGUAAACAAUUUCGACAAAAUAUUAAUAUUUAGUGAAUCUUUGGCAAAUGUUAGGUAACUUGUGACAAUUUGACUCACUCUUUUGGUCUUGAAUUGAUUUUUUUGAAAUUUUAGUCUAAGAACUGGUUUAUUUUUAGUAAAUAACUUGAGGGAAAAAUUAUUAUUCCAAUAGAAAAAACUCUUAAUUUAUUAAUAACUGAAGCUAAUAUUGAAAGUCAAAUAUUGAGAUAAAUUUUGCAUGUUAAAAUGAUAAAAAUGGAAGUUAUUGGUUUGUUUAAAACAGUUCAUUGAAUUGUUUUGAAGUUUAGGUUUAUGAAAUAAUUCUUCACUGAAACUUUUUUAAAUUAGUAAUAAUUGACUAAACUGAUUACUCUUGGCCAGUUUUCUAGAAAAU